AAGCUUUGAUUGGUGGAAAACUUUGGAGACCGAGGGCCUGUCAACAAAACUGCACACUUAAGUUUGCAAUUUUGCACAAGACAAGGAGAGCGUGGUGGAAAUUGAAGAGUAUUUAAGGCGGAAGGUGCUUCAGUGUUUUUAGUUGCUGGACGGAGCCACUAGGGGGCAAUGUCUGAAAACAGCAACAGUGCCAAUGGAAGCAGCUGGACUCUUCUUACCUCAGAGAUGAAGGUGUCUGGAGUUGAGAAUGUGGGUCAGGUAGCUGAAUGUCUUAAUAUGGAGGAGCAGCUCUCAAAAGCACCUGAGCCCUCACCGGAGGCCCACGUUGACCUAGAGAAGCACUCCUCUGAAGCAUCUGCUCACCAGCCGACAGAGACAUCCUCGCUGUUACAGUCUGACCCCGCUCUCACCCAUGGGUCAGAGCCUCCAGAGCUCUCUCAGGUGACGUCUCCGGAGACCAGUGAGGGUCGGGCGCAGCUGAAUGCAGCACAUGUGAGAGAAGAGCCCAGCUCUGUCGGCUCCUGGACCCCUGACCACGGGGAUCAAGGCCACUCACAGAGCCCAGUUUCUCCCAGCGCUGAUGGCGAAUCAUUCUCUGACUCAUACGCUCACAUAAGUCCUACCUCGGGAUCAUGUCCACUUCCUGCUUCAGUUUAUCAGGAAAGAGACUGGUUUAAAUCAGAUGAGGACUCUCUGAGAAAAACCAUAAAUGAAGAGUCUAAAGAAGUGUUAGAAACAACCGGGAAGGAGGGGAACGCUUUACGAAAGAGAAAAAUCUCCCACCUGGGCUCUUUGGACAAGACAGAGGCAGAUGAUGAUGAUGAAGAGGGGGAUGAGGAAGAUUUUCAACCACCUCAAAGAGAACAGGAAACCGUCUUCUCUUUGAACAAGUGCAUCCUUGCAGCUGUAAUUCUUCUAGGGCUAGGGACCAUUUUCUUCUCUGGUAUGCUCAUGGACCCGGAUGGUGAAUCAGACAUGGAUGUUAGAGAGUUGAAGGAGCCAACAAAUCAGGAGUGGCUGAAUCCUGAGGUCUCCAAAGACAUGCCUGCUGGUUUUCAGCCUCCAGAUAUUUUAAGCAAACAGGCAAAGGAAGAUCAGCACGUAUUGUUACUACAGGCACAGCUUCAGCAACAUCAAGUUGAACUGAAAGAAGCGCAGUCUCGGGCAAAGGAGGGAGAGAAAGAGCGUGUGAGGAGAGAAGAGCUGGAGAAGGAGUGUGAGAGGAUAAAAGGAGAACUAGAUCGAGUCCCUGCUCUUCAGAAGGAGCUGGAGCAAGAGAACGAGAGAAUGAAAGAAGAAAGUGUGAGAGCAAAGAAAGAGCUGGAGGCCGUGCCAUUGCUUCAGAGAGAACUGGAGCAUCUGAAAGUUAAAGUUUCACAGCUCACACAGAGCACAGGAAGAGCAGAAUCUGUGCACCCCAUAGCAGCCUCUUGGACGCCCUCUGCUGGAGACAAAAGUGAUGUACCACCGAUUGAAAGACGAGACACGAAGCCCAGGAAGACUGGGGGCAAAACCAGUGAGGGCAAGGGAGACAAAGAAUGGAACAAGAAGAAAAGUGGAAAAAAGGAAGAUGACAAGGAAAGGAAGGAGAGAGUGACUGAGGGAGAACAUGCUAAGGAACAGAAGGAGAGGAAAAAUGAUAAAAGCCACCAAGAGGCAGGUAAAGCAGGCAAGAGAAAAGAGUGGGAAAAGGACAAAGAACGAGAUGAUGCUAAAAUGAGGAAAGAAAGUAAAGAUUUUAAGGGGUGGGGGGAAAAACAAGAAUCGAAGGAAGAUAAAAAGUGGCAGAAAGACAAACAUGUAGGACAGGAUGAGAAGAAGGGAAACGAACAGAACUGGAAGGAUACUGGGAACAAGAAAGUGAAAGAGGAAAAAGAAUGGAAGCAGAGAGGGGAGCGGAAAGAGAACAAAGACUGGAAAAGUGAGAAACCGAGUAGCGGGAAUGACCAUAAAGAAUGGAAAGAGAAAAGGAAGGAUGAAUGGAAAGGUGAAAAGGAGUGGAGAAAGGAAAAGAGUGAUGGAAAGCACAGCGAUAAAACAGAGAAAAAAUGGAAAGGAGACAAAGACUUUCCAAAAGAGUAUGAUGGAAAAGAAAUGGAGGGAAAGCACUGGCGAGGGAAACAAAGAGAGUCAAGAGAUGGAAUAAAGGAGGAGAAAAAAAAGAAGGCGUACAACCAUAAAAAUGAGGGGAAACAUAGCUCCAAUGAAAAGGAAAAACAACAUAAGGAGAGACGUGGCCACAGACCACCAGACGAGACCGCCUCCCAUCACCAUAACGACCGUGAAAACUACUGGACCAAACAGAGAGAGCGCAUUCAGCACUAUACCGGCCAGCGGGAGACGUGCAGCGGUGUGACCGACUGCGCUCGAGUCGAGGGACUCUCCCCCGUCAGCCUGCGGGACUUCCAGACCCUUCUCCAGUCCUACCUGAACAAGCUCCAGGAUCAGGACCAGACCUCCAGCAAAGAAGAGCUCCGCAAGCUGGUGCAGGAGUUCUUCACCGAUGGAGUGUUCGCUCAUGAUCAGAUGCCGUUCAGGGAGUUUGUGGAAGAUGUGGAAGACAUCUUAGAGGACAUGGCUGAAGGAGAAGACAGCGACAGUGAGGGAGAGGGAGAGGAGAGCGAGGAAGACGACGACGAUGAUGAGAUGGAUGAAUUUGAAAGAGAGGCAAUGGAGAAGUUUGCACUUCCAGAAGAAGUGAAGAAGGUUGAGCGGAAGGGAGAGCAGAAAAAAGACCGCGGAAGAGUGAAAAGUUGAAGGCUUGUUGAACAGUCAGGCCUGAUUUCUAAACAGCGUAUUCAUUUUGAGCAGUACAGCUUUGCUUUUUCUUUUGAAUGAUAAAAUUCUAACUGUUAAAACUCAUUGAUGGUUUCCUUCUUAAAAUAGCUGUUUUUGCUUAUUUUGCAUUCAUAUUUAAGAAUGUUAUACACCAUCAAAUAAAGUCGCCUGUUCUGUCAGUUAAAGAUCUGGGGUUGGAUUCAUGAAAUGUUCUUAAGAAUAAAAUCCUUAGGUCAAAUUUUCUUUUCUUCUUGGCAAGAAUUCUUAAUAUAUAUAUAUAUUUAAGUAUUUUCUUUAAAAGAAAAGCUGACAAAGAAUUAACAUUUCUGAAAAACAAUUCUAAAUGACCUCUUAGACUACAUAGAUGAUUAAUAAAUUAAUUGGACCAUUAUGAUGUUAAGAUAUACGUGUUACAACACUAUAAUACUAGCUAAAUAUAAUGCAUAUUAAUACUAGUUAUUAUAGUGUAGCCUACAUGUAGGUUUGUUCCAGAUAGAAAUACUGUAGUCUAUCAGUGGAGAAAGGGUCACAAACCCCUCAUAGUGAUGACAGAAGUUGCCUGCUAUUAGACUAAACAGUUAGAAGAUAUGAAUGAAUACAUUUACUUUUUAGAUUACCGAGUAUGAAAUAAUUUGCUGUAAUAGAAGACAAAUUUAACCUCUGUAGGUUAGAAUACAAUCCGCAAGUCAAACUAUUUUGUCAUUGUUAUUUUAGUCUUAAAAUAUUCCUAAAAAGGAAAUAAAUGCGUUCUUAAGAUAUUUAUUUUUUAUUAUAAUUUUAAAUAAAUUAUCGUAAACUUAUUUAUCCUACAAAUGUUCUUAAUUUAGUUUUCUUAAGAAGGUAUUCAUAAAUCUGGCACCACGAUACGUUGACAGAACAAUGACAAGAACUGAAGGAAACUAAUCUAAUGUUAUGACACAUUAGUUUGUGCAAAUCUCGCACAAAAGUAAUAUUUGUGUGGGAAUAUUAUAACUAUGUGCAUUUUAAUAACAUACUUAGCUUAUACACUGUACAGAUAUUGAAUAGAAUGUAGGAGUUUAUUAAUGUUUAAUUUUUGUGAUGCUCUGCUUUUUUUCUUUGCUUUUUUCUUUAAAUUAUUUUCUUUGUCUUUAAGGUUAGGACUCCUUGUUUGGGAAUUUCACUAGUAUUUAUAACAUUUUAUGGAGGAUAUAAUUAGUUAAUAACAUGACCACUAAAUUGUAACUAAAAAUGCAACACUGAUAAUGUAAUAAAGUAAUUUGCUUUUU